GACUGGCUGGCGGUCUGCUGCUGUUGCUGAGGCUGAGUGAGAGAAGGGGACGGUCAGGAGUGAACAGCACUGGUGGUCAAAAAGAUCUGUUGUCAAUUUUGCUGAGCAGACUGAAUGCAUAUCUACAUACUUUAAAGCCGGGGGUAUCCCCACGUUGUGUCCUCCCAACAUCCCACCCUGAGUCCUUGGCAACCAGUCUGUAAAGGCACAUGCACAGUGGGCCCUGCCAUAGCAACGUCUUGGAUCCUUCAAGAGGAAAAACACUGAAUGUGCUUCAAGGAAGCACAAUGGGUCUUUUGAUGUCAUGCAUAAAGGCUGUGUUUGGAAAUUAGGGUGAACAUGGAGGAUUAUGACUACCUGUUCAAAAUUGUACUAAUAGGAAAUGCUGGUGUUGGGAAAACCUGCCUAGUGAGACGCUUCACACAGGGUCUGUUUCCGCCAGGACAAGGGGCCACCAUUGGAGUGGAUUUUAUGAUAAAAACUGUGGAGAUCAAAGGGGAAAAAGUAAAGCUUCAGAUCUGGGACACGGCAGGCCAGGAACGUUUCCGUUCUAUAACCCAGAGUUACUAUCGUAGUGCCAAUGCUCUCAUCCUAACCUAUGACAUCACAUGUGAGGAUUCUUUCCGGUGCCUUCCGGAGUGGCUGAGGGAGAUUGAACAGUAUGCCAACACUACAGUGGUGACCAUCUUAGUUGGGAAUAAGAUUGACCUGGCUGAGAAGAGAGAGGUCCUGAGGCAGAGAGCUGAGGAGUUUGCAGACUCUCAGAGCAUGCUCUACCUGGAGACCUCCGCUAAAGAGUCUGACAAUGUGGAGAAGCUCUUCCUGGAUCUGGCCUGCAAGCUGAUCCGUGAGGCCAAACGGAACACGCUGGACAACAAUGACACGGCCCACUCCAUGCCCGGCGAGGGCAAAGCCAUCAGCUACCUGGGUUGCUGCAACACAAACUAGUCGGAUCUUGCAGAGUGAGCUGGAUCCUGUUCACUUCUCCUCAGAAGGAGCAGAAAAUGGAAAUGGGCGGUUCUUGUUGGAGGGAUUCAGAUCAGUACCAGCCUGUCUUACUAUGUUUCGGGACAUCAUCUUUCCAUUUGGUGCCGACUGAACGCGACCCUGGGGCAUGGUGUGGCCUCGGUGCAGAACAUCGGAAGUGACCGGACAUGCCUGUCUGUCCCAGUCUAGUCCCUCCAAGCCGUUUCUCUCAACAAGGGACCACAUGUUGUAUAAUAACCUGCUAGUCCUGUCCUUCCUGGGAAUAUAAGUGUGUGUAAUACCGACUACUGCCACUAGAGGUGCAAAUCCCAUUAUCCCUGAUACAACGGGGAGAACAAACUGUACGGCCUUCAUGCAAUCUGUCUUUAAUAUGUGGAGUUUUCAAAGGACAUUCAAGGAAGGUGAUACCGGUUUGAGGAGUUCAUUCAAGCACCCUCAUUUAUUUGAGCAAAAACAAUUGUUGUUGUAUCUGGGUCAUGUUUAGAUUUUAAUUCAAAAGAAUUACCUAGCCGUGAUUCGCUUGGUUUUAACGCACUAUAAUUACUUUGUCAGUAUUUCCCUUCUAAGACUCAGCUGUAAUACAUGACUUUGAUAUAUUUAUAUAAUAUACCCUAAGACUUUAUUAGCACAGCUAUUGAUUAUUUUUGGUGACAUUAUUACAGUAUUGAAAAAAAAAAAAUAAUGCCAAUAUACAAGAUCAGAUUUUUUUUUGUUUUUGUUUGUUUCAUUAUAAAUCUUCAAAUCCAAGAUCUCAUGGUAACGCUAAACUAUUCUAGUGAUAGUGGGAUCGUUUUACUUAUUUCAACCUCGUCUACAAGAAAUCAAUUGCACAGUUUUGUUUCUCAGCUCCGUUUACCGAAGUGUUUAUUGGUGUGUGAACGUUCAUGACACAUCUGAUUUGCAAUGCAGUAUUGCAUGGUAAACUAAAACAGUCAGAGCUUUGUUUUUUGUCUGCCUUUUCCAUGAAUUAUGAUAUUCAUUGCAGAUAAUGGACUAGUGUUUUUGAUCAACUGUUACAAUAACCUGAAUGUGUUUUUUGCACCUGAACUGUGAAUAUCUUGUUUUCUUAAGUACAUUCUCAACAUUUUACCUGCUGCUAAACUAUAUGUUUAUGUUGUGUAAUAUGAAUCCAACCUAUACUCAAGAAUAGAUUAUAUUUAUUCUUAAGCUUAAUAGGUUUCUGUAGUGCCAAUUACAUACUUUAUUGGUAUAAUGCAUUGUUAUAACUGUUGAGUUCAAAUACAUAGUCAUUAGUCAGCUUUUACUUCGCUGCAAAAAUAUUUCAACAAAUGCAGUUUGUCAGAUUGUUUUCAGCCGUCAACAGAGAUUUUAAGACUCAUCCCAUGUUAUAUAUUGUUAUUCUGGAUUUACUAUGUUUUCUACAUUCCUGAAGACAUGUUCCAGUUUGUCAUAGUUCCAAAAGUGUGCACUUGUCUUUCAUGAUUGAUGCCCAGUUUUUUAGCCAUGAUUUCAAACUGUAAUGCAUUUUACAUCAGCACUUUCUCUUAAGUUUGUUUGUAUACUUAUAAUUUGCAGCCUGUGUACAAGUGUGUGUUUGUACUGACAUUUUCAACCAUAUUUGUAUGUUAAAUGCCACAUACAGGAAGAGGAUGAGUAGAAUGUUAGCACAAAAAAUAGGAUUCCAGGCUAGUUUAUAGCUUAGCUGUAUUCAUUGUUAUGCUUUCAGUGAGGUUUCUUGUUGGCGUCUACAACAUGCUCCUUUCAGACGGAGUUUCCUUCUAGCUUUAUUGUCAUAGACAUCAUUGCCAUGUUCUGUAUAUUGAGACUAGUUGAAUAUGGCAAUUUCUUGUUUACGUUUUAUGUCUGUAUUUUAACGUGACCCUUUGCCUUGAAAUAACCGCUUUUAUUUACAUUUGUUCCCUCCUAAACAUGAAUAUGUUCAAGUAAUGUUAAUAUAGCUGGUAUUAUUUCCUGUUGGCUGUUCCAGUUGUUCCACAUUGGUCAGCAGUAUUGAGCCAAGUUUUUAUCUUCUAGGGAGCAACUGAGUUAAAUUACCUCUCCAGAGAAAGAGAAGCUUAAGGAUUUUGUUACAUUUUAUUUGUAUCUGAAUGUUUUGCCUUGAUGUGUACAAAAUAAUACCUAAAGUUACUCUGUACAUUAAAUAAUCACACUAAACAUC